CCAGGAAGUGCGGGAGUUGUUUUACGGGCAAAUAUCCUUCCUGACUGCGGUCCUGCUGUAAAUUAAAGCUACUUUAAUUAAACCAGACAGAAAUAUGCAUUAGAUUUUGAGCGUAAUAUAUUAUAUAUCUCAACUGAAUCGCGCGUGACAAAAAGUCAAUUAGCCAAUUCGCUUGUUUUUGAAGGCCACUUGUUAAGAGGUAACUAUCGGAGCGCUAGGGAACCUGUAGCUGCUGUCAAUCAGGUGAUCUAUGAUCGUACGGCACUGAGACCGACACUCGUCCAUCAGACAUGAGCUUCUUCGGCUUCGGACAGACCGCUGAGAUCGACAUUGUGUUGAACGACGCCGAGACCAGGAAGAAAGCGGAGCACAAAACCGAAGACGAAAAGGACAAAUAUUUCCUUUUCUACGAUGGCGAAACUGUCAGUGGGAAAGUUAACGUGACACUGAAGACUCCCGGCAAAAGGCUGGAGCACUACGGGAUCAAAAUCGAGUUCGUCGGACAGAUAGAGCUGUACUAUGACAGAGGAAACCACCACGAGUUCGUGUCGUUAGUGAAGGAUCUUGCGCGACCCGGUGAGCUUUCACAGUCCCAGACCUUUGACUUUGAGUUCACCCAUGUGGAAAAGCCCUAUGAGUCUUACACUGGCCAGAAUGUCAAACUGAGAUAUUUUCUGCGAGCAACAAUCAGCAGAAGGCUAAAUGAUAUCAGUAAAGAGAUGGAUAUCGUCGUGCAGACGCUGUGCACGUAUCCAGAGCUCAACUCCUCCAUCAAGAUGGAAGUAGGAAUUGAAGAUUGCCUCCAUAUUGAGUUCGAAUACAACAAAUCAAGUGAAUACCACCUGAGGGACGUUAUCGUAGGCAAGAUUUACUUCCUCCUUGUGAGGAUAAAGAUUAAACACAUGGAGAUCGAUAUAAUAAAACGGGAAACGACUGGAACAGGGCCCAGUGUGUAUCACGAAAACGACACCAUUGCCAAAUAUGAGAUCAUGGACGGGGCGCCGGUGAGAGGCGAAUCGAUCCCCAUCCGCUUGUUUCUUGCCGGCUACGAGCUGACUCCCACCAUGAGGGACGUCAACAAGAAGUUCUCAGUGCGCUACUACCUGAACCUAGUCCUUAUAGACGAAGAAGAACGACGAUACUUCAAACAACAGGAGAUCACACUCUGGAGGAAAGGAGACAUCGUGAGGAGAAGUAUGUCCCAACAGGCCACCAUUGCUGCUCAGAGAUACGAGGGAUCGAACUCUGAAACGGCGUCAGCACAAGCCAAAGAGGAAAGCAACUAGACGCGAGACGCUGCGCUCCCUCGAGAUCUCCAACGAACCUUGUUACGUCCAAAAUAAUGUUUUAAAAGUCUCAAAGGGAUCGGUGCGACACGCCAUUCUUCGCUUCUUGAGAUCAAAAAUGAAAAUCAAGCUUGUAAUAGGCAGUCUGUGUGUAUAGACUACAAAAUAUUUUUUUAUUUCUCCUUCCAAUACUGCACACAUUCCCACUAUACAGGUGACCAACGGUUUGGAAAUUCCAGGCACAGCCCUUUUCUUUUUUUUUUUUUUUUUUUUUUGGCUGUUUUCGUGCUUUAUGUUUGAUUUGUGCCUCGUGAAGUUAUAAGGCUCCUUGUUACGCUCAAAUUUUGCUCAAGUCACGUACACUGAGAAAUCGGAAUCUAGCUUCUGUGCUUUGUCCUGUUCAAUGAGCCCGAAAUGAGAUUUACUGUGAUCUUUUGUGUUAAAUCUAGCGCUUCAUGUACUCUUCAUAGAGCUCUGCACAGUAUUAUUCUGUCAUUUAGGGUAUUACGAAUGAAGGCCUCCAUAGAAAUGUCUAAUAAGGGAACUACUAACUAACUUAACAUUUAAGAUUUUUAUUGAUUUUUUUUCUUUUGAUCUGGUGUCUUAAGUGUUUAUUUCCUCUGAAUGCGAAUCAGCUGAAUCACGGCCGGGGCAAGGUUACAGUAUUCUCAAGAGAGAAAAUCCUUCUUGUGAUUUGUUUGCAUUUUAAGGUGAAUUUUCCAAUUUUUUUCCAUGCGUAUGUCAUUGUAUUAUACUUAAUGUUUGUUUGAUAGCUUAUUAGCUGUUCAGGGGAUGAGGUAUGACUAUUAACAGCCAUGCGACCGUGAACAAUUCUGCAAAAGGCUCAUUUAAUCAGCCCUGUUGUAAUAAAAAUUUACUAACCUCUGCAUUCAA